UUUUACGUCAGUUCAAAGCAAAGGUUCGGCGGCUUGUUCACCCUUCUGACAUGGGGUCCUCGUGGUCGGGGAAUGCCGAGCUUCCUGGGUCUUCAUCCAUAGCUGCCCCCGCGAACCCACCCGCGAAAGCCUCCGCGCCGGCCUCCCUCGCACAGGACUCUGCUUUUAAAAACUGCUGGAGCUGUCGCUUGCUUUCUGGGUCUGCGCUCUUGGGGGCGGGCGCCUACGUCUACCUGCUGGCCAGGAGGCCCAUGAAGCAGGGAAUGCCGCCCAAUCCAGGCGCCAUAGCGCAGAUGGUCGUCGGCAUCAGUAUUGCUUGCUGGGGUGUAGUUGUCCUGGCAGACCCCAGAGGGAAGUCCCACCGAGUUGUUUGAAAGCACCAGCAGUUAACAGCUGCAAGGCAGAAAAAAACCAGCCUUGUGGUGGUGGAUAUUCUUGGCAGCCGUGGACAAGGAUGCACUUCAUUAUAGGACAUACUGAGAAGACUGUGACAACAUGAGCUGCCAUUCUUUGGCCAUGGAUGUUUAUGGUUUUCUCCCCUCAGGUUAUAAAGGGACAAAUAAAUCCCCUGGAAGUAAAUGGUUCCAUGUCUUGUCCAGGAAGGUUGUGUGUAAUUCGAAUUAUACUGAAAGAUGACAGUUUUAAGAAGUUAUUAAAAUGGAGUAAAUGAUAGGCCAAUAAUGAAAUAAAUUAUUUUAUUAUUAUAGUAAGUAGUUCUUUUUAUUUUUCUAAUCGUAUCAAUAGCUGUUGCCAGCCUAAACCCUGGAUAGAUACGUGGAACUAGAUUUGAAAGUUUUUCAUGCUUUCCAGAGUUUCUUUAUGUCCUUCACUGAGUGAGAGCUGCUGAUUUGUUAUUUCGUUGGUAAACCUUGAAACCAACCGGUGGGUUUGCGUCCGUGUUUCAUCAGAGCAGUGAUGGAGUGAAAAGAUUUUCUCCCCAGCUCUCUCACAGGUGGAGUAGUUCCAAAGAAGCAGGAGUUACCUUUAUCCACCAAAUAUCAGUACAUAAUUAAAGAUGUAAAUAUCAAAAUAUUUGAGAAAAAUUCAAAAAGAAAAACUGUUGAUGGCUUUGCCUAUAGGUAUUAUAAGUAUUCUAGAUUGGAAUUGGGAUGAUUUUGGAUAAGAGAAAUGUGUGCUUGUUGUCAGGGCUUGGUUUUUUAGGUGUUCUCUGAAAUACUGAGGUGCCUGUGCAAAGGUAUGUUUAGGUGGUUCUUCAAAGUAGAAAGAUACUAUUCAGUAUGAAUUAGUGUUGAGUACUAUGUUGAGCAAGUAUUUUAACUUUUUUGAUAAUUUUAUAUAUGUAUUUAAAAUAUUUUGAUUAUACAUCCUCUGAUAUCUUUUCAUCUCUUAUCUUUUUUUUUUAAUGACCCACUGAGUUUAAUUAGGAUAUUAGGAUUGCUUGCAUAAACAUAAGCAGGAGUCUGGACUACAGUAAUGAAGUGAAUAUUUUUUGGUUUGGUUUGGCUUGGUUUGAUCUGGUGUCUGGGUGCAUUUGAAAAUUAUGUUUAUAGUAACAGUGCAAGGGUGUCCUGGUUUAUUUAUUAGUGUUUUGUUUUUCUCAACCUGACACAAGCUAGACUUACAUCAGUAGAGAAACCUCAAUUUAAAAGAAUUCCCUUAUAAGGUUGCCUGUGGGCAAAUUUGUGGGGCAUUUUCUUGAAUAAUGAUUAUAUGGGAGGGCCCAGCCCACUGUAGGUAGUAUCACCCCUGGGCAGGUAGUCCUGGAGAGGGUAAGAUGAGCAAGCUAGGGGGAGCAAACCAGUAAGCAGCACUCCUCCAAAGUCUCUGCUUCAUUUCCCAUCUCCAGUUUCCUGCUCUGAGUUCCUGUCUUGGCUUCCCCAUGAUAGACUGUAACCUGUAAGCCAAAUAAACUCUUUCCUCUAAA